AACCUUACCUCAGAUGCCGCUAGACCACUUUGGCGGUGCUCCAGGCACCUUCAAGAAUAGGUAUUGGGUUAACGCGUCGUACUACGAACUUGGGGGUCCGGUCUUUUUUUUUGAUUCUGGCGAACAAAAUGCAGAACCACUGUUAUCAUACUACUUGCAGGAAUACCACGGUCUCUCAGCAACGAUGCGACUUGCAAAGCGAUACAAUGGAGUGGCAGUUCUUUGGGAGCACAGGUUCUACGGCGACUCGCUUCCCUUUCCGGUGAAUGACAAUACGACCACCGAACAAUGGCAGUUCCUCACGACAGAGCAAGCACUUGAGGACGUCGUCUACUUCGCUGACCGCUUCACUCUUCCAUCCUCCACACAGUCACAGAAUCCUUCUGUCAAUUUCAGCUCUGCGGCGCUCCACCCCUCCCUCACACCCUGGGUUUGGAUCGGUGGCUCGUACCCUGGCGUCCGCGGCGCGCUUCUCCGCGUGCGCAAUCCGGCGACAUUCUUUGCCGUCUGGGCAUCAUCUGCGCCCGUCCAAGCGCAGGUAGACAUGGCAUCUUACUACAAGGCUGCUGAACGCAGCCUGACACGUAACUGUUCUGCAGACUGGGUCGCGGUCACGAAGUAUGUUGAUGCCACUCUCGCGAACGGCACCGACGCGGAGCAGAUACUCUUGAAGCAACGUCUCUUGGGUGCUAGGGCAAGCAGUCCGACGAAGAACGUGACGGUUAGUUUGGCCACUGCGGCAAAUACCAGCGAUGUUUCUGCAGCCGGUGUUCUCAUGGAUCCACUGGAUUUCUACCAGUACUAUGGUUUUAAUGCGUCACUCCUCCCUUUCUGCAACAUCCUUGAGACGCACAACUUCAUCGUAGACGCUCAGGAGUUUGGGCUGGCAGCGGCAGAUAGCAUCGAGGUCGCCCUCGACUCAUUCCUCACCGGGCUCGUACAAAUAAAUUACGAUGAGAUACCAGGUGACCCAGACGAUCCAGUCGCAGAUCUCUCGUGGAUGUGGCAGUACUGCUCGGAGUAUGGAUUCUACCAGCGCGGCGACCCGAAUAACCCGCUCUCUAUUGAGACAUCGUUCCUUUCCCUAGAGCUCUUCCAGCAGGAGUGCAACAACACCUUCGGCAGUGGACUUCCACCGUCACCACAGGUCGAGCAUGUUAACAAGUAUGGCGGAUGGGAUAUGAGCCCAUCGAACGUGCUGUUCACAAUGGGUGAAUUUGACCCGUGGCGAACGAUGGGACUCGCUUCCAUCGAAGAUAACUCUCCACACCGCCUUCCAAGUGUUGUAGUGCCGCGAUGCAAUGAAGCUCCGGCGUACCCGUCCUUCUUUGGUCUCACGCAUGCGAACAUGGUUCAUGUCUCAGACCUGCGCGUGUUGCUCACACCCGACUCGAACCAUAGCGACUUCCGAACUGUUGGGUUCUACAGUCCGGUGUCACAAGAGCCCUUCUACUCUGGACUCGCGCUGUUCGAGCUCGCGCUCGACGAAUGGCUGCCGUGUUUUGGAGCAGAUAAAACGAUCCAAAGCGUGCUCAUGGACAGGCGCUUCUAAGCCGGGUAUAUUCUACGGUGGGAGGCAUACAGGAUAUAUAGUGUAUAACUUAGGACUGGUCCGCCCGCGCAUUAGCCUGAUGGGCCCACAAUAGACAGCGUCCAAGCCCGCUUGAGCUGCUCGUGUUCGUCGCGCAACGUGUCGAGGGAUUGCUGUAGUAAAGAAUUCUCUGCGCUGAGUCGCUCGACCUUCCGGGAUAGUUCGCCUGCCUGCUUCGCCGUCGCCUUCUGCCGGUAAUAGUCGUCGCGCACACGCCAAAGUACGUGCAGAAGCUCUUCUGCUUUCUUCGUGUGCGCUUCUGCGCUCGCGCGAUAUUUGUCACGCUGCGCACGGACGUUGUCGUUCUGUGCACGGAGAUUCUCGUUCUCGUUCUUUAGCUCGUCGUAGUCCCUUGUGAGCGUUUGCAAGUUCUGACGGAGGUGCUCGAUCUGCCGCUCCGCGUCGUGUGUGUGCUUCGUUGGGCUUUCUCUCUCUGCGGCAGCAUCCUGUGCCUUCUGCAACGCCAAAGCCUGCGCGCCGGCCAUCCCCUUGAGCCCGUAGUACUCCUCGCGGACUUUCCACAGCACACGCUCGAGUUCAUCAGCCUUCUUCAAGUACUCCUGCGAAGAACGUUGUAAUUUUGCGUUCUCAUCUUGUAUUCUCGCAUUUUCGUCACGCAGAACCGUCGCAGACGAGACGGCUUGUUCUGUAAUGCGCUCGAGGCUACUAACGAGUGUGGAGAGGUUCGAGAUAGCAAUGAAUACAUUAAGAUCCAAUGCCUGAGAUUGAACCUCCUCCGUACGAACUCGCUUCAAAACACGACUCGCAGACCAAAUAUCCACUUCUUCAACCAGCCCAUGCUUUUUAGAUCCCUCACCCUGACCCUCCUGCACAGCUGGCGACACUAUUCUGGAGGCUUCCUCGUCCAGUCCCUCCUCCAUUUUCAGCUCCCGCUCAACCUCCUGCAACAUCUCUUCUUCGCUGGUGGUAUCCUGAUCCGUUGAUGCAGCCGAUACCGAAACGUCCUUUGAGCUAGACGCCGCAGGAACAGAUGUGUCGGUAGAGCAGUACUCGCACAUUGGGGUGGGAUAUUGGGGGGGAGAGAGAAGGAAUAGAUAUGCCGCAGAGACAGUGGAGAGCGGAGAACGGGGAGAUGGGA